GAGGCCGCCGGCGAAGGGGUUGGUCUUCUUGGCGGCCUCUUGAUCCAAUGUCGAUGGCCAUGGAUAGUGAGGACAUUGUGAAGAUUGAGAAUGGCAAAUCUCCCACUGAGCUUAGCGUUAUCACUGUUAAUUGCCAGGAUAAGCUUGGACUUGCGUGUGAUUUGUGCCGGAUAAUCCUUGACUUUGGCCUUCUCAUCACCAAAGGAGAUUUAUCCACCGAUGGAAGAUGGUGUUUUGUGGUGUUCUGGGUCGUUCCUCGUUCUUCAUCAACAUUUGUUCAAUGGACCAACUUGAAAAAUAGAUUAAUAUCUGUCUGCCCAACUUACCCUAUCCCCUUCAUUGAUUUGGUGGAUCCAGUGAAGUCUAAGGUGUACCUUUUGAAGCUAUUCAGUCUUGAUAGGAAAGGAUUAUUGCAUGAUGUCACUCGCGUUCUAAGAAAUCUUGAUCUUUCAAUUCAUAGAGUGAAGGUCUCAACCACUCCAGAUGGGAGAGUCAUCGACCUCUUCUUCAUCACAGAUGGCAUGGAGCUCUUGCACACUAGGAAGAGACAAGAUGAUACAUGUGAAAUGUUGCAUGCUACUAUGGGAGAUUCCUUUAUUAGUUGUGAGAUUCAAUUGGCUGAAGAUUUUCAACAAUGGUGCUCUUCCCUUCCUGCAUGUGUUAUUGAGGAGCUAUUCAGCCCUGAAUUGCCGAACAUCAAAGACUGUUCGCAGGGAUCAAAUACUGAGUUGGAGAAGCUGAAAAGCCCAAGUAUUACUAUUGAUAAUAAAUUGAGCUCUUCCCAUACUUUGCUCCAAAUACAUUGUCUUGACCAGAGAGGGCUCUUCUAUGACAUUCUUCGGACUAUGAAGGACUGCAACAUACGGAUUGCUCAUGGGAGGUUCUCCCUGCAAAAAAGAAGGUUUGCCGGAGACUUUUUUAUCGUCAAAGGAGACGGCAAGAAAAUAGUGGAUCCUGAAAAGCUCAAUGCACUACGUUCUCAACUGAGACAAGAGAUGCUACAUUCCUUACGAGUAAUGUUUGUAAACAGAGGACCUGAUAAUGAACUCCUGGUUGCCAACCCUGCGGAGUUAUGCGGGGAGGGAAGGCCUCUUGUCUUUUAUGAUGUCACUCGUGCUCUCAAGGUUCUUGGUAUCUGCAUCUUCUCGGCUGAAAUUGGUAGACACACUGAAUCAGGUAGGGAAUGGGAGGUAUACAGAUUCUUGUUAGAUGAGAACACAAACUUCACAUUAUUUAACGCCAGAACUAAAGAUUACACAGUGGAUAUAAUUAGUAGAACACUGAUGGGAUGGUGAAUUGUUUAUUCUUCUGAUCUUUCUUUAUUCUUUGCAUUCAUUCCCAUACUAGAUUACUAGUGUGUAUCAAUAGCAGUGAAGAUCUAGGCUUUCAGGUAUACAGAUAGACAGAUA